CAUGGCGAGCGAGAUGUCGUCUCCUGCGUCUGAUUCGGUCCAGUGUCCUGUUUGUUCCAAAAACUUCACGCCUGCAGCAAUUAACGUACAUCUAGACGUGUGUCUGCUGAAAAGUGUCUCGGACAACAGUCCGUCAGAAGUCGCUGAGAACGGACCUCCUGAGAAGAAAAGCCGCAUUAACGUGGAAACUGUCAGCGAAUCCUCCUCGUCCACCACCGGCACUCCAGCAUCAUCAUCAGCCAUGUUUUCUAUGUUUCAGCCCAACAAGGGGAAACAGCCUUUUCAAAGCGGACGAAGUGGUAUGUUUUCCAAUAAACGGAGCCCCGUCAGCAGCACGGGGGUGAAACGUGGAUUGAGAGAGGCGGACUCAGACUCGGCAGACAUGGAGACUGCUCAGAGCCAGCAGGCUGCGUCUCUGUCACACACACCCAGCUCUAAUGGACCGUUAUCAUCACGACCCGCGUUUACGUUUGAGAAGCCUCUGGCGGAGAUGCUGAGACCGAACACCCUGGAGGAGUACUCCGGGCAGAGUAAGGUGGUGGGCCAGCAGACUCUCAUCCGGUCCCUGCUGGACUCUCAGGAGAUCCCAUCCCUGAUCCUCUGGGGGCCGCCUGGAUGCGGGAAGACCACUUUAGCGCACAUAAUUGCCAGCACCAGUAAGAAGAAGGGGACAGCUCGGUUCGUCAAGCUGUCUGCCACCAGUACAUCCACCAAUGAAGUCCGAGAAGUGAUUAAGCAGGCGCAGAAUGAGCUCAGGCUGUGCAAAAGGAGGACCAUCCUGUUCAUUGAUGAAAUUCACCGCUUCAACAAAUCCCAGCAGGACACCUUCCUUCCUCAUGUGGAGUGUGGGACGAUAACUCUGAUUGGAGCUACCACUGAAAAUCCAUCCUUUCAAGUGAACGCAGCCCUGCUUAGCAGGUGCAGGGUGCUGGUUCUGGAGAAGCUGUCUGUGGAGGCCAUGGGCUCCAUCUUGAACAGGGCCGUGGCCACGCUUGGAAUCGGUGUCCGGGGACAAAGUUCAGAAAAUCCCACGGAUCAAGACCAGACUGAUGGAUCUGAGCCAAGUAUAUUCAUUGAACAAAAAGCCCUCGACACCAUAGCCUACCUGUGCGACGGUGAUGCAAGAACGGGCCUCAAUGGUCUCCAGCUGGCCGUCCAGGCUCAGAUUGGCUCAACACAGUCAAAGCUGUCAGCACAACACUCUUCUCCUCAAGAGAUACUGGUGACAGAGGCGCACGUCAAGGAGGGUCUGCAGAGGUCCCAUAUUCUCUAUGAUAAAGCUGGUGAAGAACAUUACAACUGUAUCUCAGCGUUGCACAAGUCCAUGAGAGGCUCCCACGAGAAUGCGUCUCUCUACUGGCUGGGCCGGAUGCUGGAGGGCGGCGAGGACCCCCUCUAUGUGGCUCGCAGACUGGUCCGCUUUGCCAGUGAGGAUGUGGGUAUGGCAGAUCCCAGCGCCCUCCCUCAGGCUGUGUCUGCUUUCCAAGCCUGUCACUUCAUAGGAAUGCCUGAAUGUGAGGUGAUUCUGGCUCAGUGUGUGAUCUACCUAGCUCGAGCGCCCAAGUCUGUGGAGAUCUACAAGGCGUAUGCCAAUGUGAAGGCCUGUCUGAGAAACCACCAAGGCCCCCUGCCUUCUGUCCCCCUGCACCUCCGCAACGCCCCCACCAGGCUGAUGAAACAGCUCGGCUACGCCAAGGGUUAUGAAUACAACCCGGCAUUCAAUGGUUCCGUAGAGCAGGAAUACUUACCUGAGGAACUGCAGGGAAUCAACUUUUUUAAUUGGACCCCUUCAGACCCUUGAGUAUUUCCUGUAGUGAUUUACUUUUGCAAACUCUGAAGCCGAAAAGCAAAGCUGCUGAAGAAAAACUGCCUUUUGUUAUAGAUACGCUUAAUUUUAGCUGUUGAUCUGAAGUCAUCCAGGCCUGAUUUAGCUACAGUUUCUAGUUUCUACUACAUAUAUUUAGUCUAAAGUCUUAAUUCCUUGUAUUACAGUAACAGCACUGAAAUUGUUGACAAGAUAUCCCUCUGUCCUGUUCUUUGUAAGUUUUGCUACAUUGUUAAUAAUUGAAAUAUUCUUUGUUUUAUAAGAAUAAUGCUAUAUAUUUCUAAUAAUCUGUGUAUUUCAAUGAAAAC